GCCGGCGUCACGUGGUGGCACGUAGCGUCACGUGUUGCGGGCGAUGGCGGCGGCGGCGGGGGAGCCCGGGGCGGGGGGCGCCGCCGAGGCGGCCUUUCUCACCUUCUACAGCGAGGUAAAGCAGAUUGAGAAACGGGACUCUGUUCUGACAUCAAAAAACCAAAUUGACCGGCUGACCCGACCUGGAUCUUCCUAUUUCAACUUGAACCCUUUUGAGGUGCUGCAGAUGGACCCUGAAGCCACAGAUGAAGAGAUAAAGAAAAGAUUCCGGCAGUUGUCAAUAUUGGUGCAUCCAGACAAAAAUCAAGAUGAUGCAGACAGAGCCCAGAAGGCAUUCGAAGCCGUAGAUAAAGCAUACAAGCUGCUGCUUGAUCAGGAGCAGAAGAAGCGGGCUCUGGAUGUGAUACAGGCAGGAAAGGAGUAUGUGGAGCACACUGUGAAAGAAAAAAAGAAGCAGCUGAAGAAGGAUGGCAAACCUCCUGCUGUGGAAGAGGAUGAUCCUGAAGUUUUCAAACAAGCCGUGUACAAACAGACAAUGAAGCUCUUUGCUGAACUGGAAAUUAAGAGGAAAGAAAGAGAGGCAAAAGAAAUGCAUGAAAGAAAGCGUCAGAGGGAAGAGGAAAUAGAGGCACAAGAGAAGGCUAAACGGGAGCGAGAAUGGCAGAAGAACUUUGAGGAAAGUCGGGAUGGCCGUGUGGACAGCUGGAGAAAUUUCCAGGCAAACACAAAGGGGAAGAAAGAAAAGAAAAACAGGACCUUCCUGAGACCCCCCAAAGUAAAAAUGGAGCAGCGUGAAUGAUCCUGGCAGUGCCACCUCCUGCAGCCCCGCGCCCCCUCCCUGCUUCUAAGGACUCAUUGUCCCCUAGAGUAAGAGUUGCUUUCCAGUAGACUGUUUGUUUCCAGUACAAUUAAUGGUCAGUCAAAGUAUUUUUUGUACUCUGUCCAUCUGAGCCCAGGCCACAGCGUGACCUCGGCCAGGAGCCCACCGCGUGUAGAACCCUUGGCCAGGAGGGUCCCCACCGUUGUCGCUGUCCCGUUUGUCUGCUGCCCUGUAACUCGCUGUUUCGUACUUCACAGAGGUUGUGCUGUUUCACCACUUCCAGUUCUAUCUGGAGAGCUGAACAAAACAUUGGAAAUGCAUCUGUACCCUUCCAGGCAUCACCUGUCUUGGCAAGCUCAGCUUCGGAACGGCCCGAGCUGACCCUGGGAGCUGGGCAGUGCCACGGGUGACAUCCUGCAGCUCUCCCAGGGCUGGGUGCUGCUUGGAAGGGCACUUCCCCCAAGAUCUGAUUUCCAGAAUAAAAUCCCAGCUCUCAGACUUUCUCUCUUAGACUUCUGUUAAUCUCAGACCAGCUGGUCACAUCCUGCAAAGGAACAAUAACUCCUCUUUAUUAAUAGUUAAGUUGCAAUGAUCUGUAUGUAAAAACAAAUUUUUACCCAA